UCCCUCUUUCAGUUCCUGAGUUAAUGGUCUUCUAUAUUGUUACAUUUAAUUGAAAUUGCUUUCAGGUUAAUAAGUGAUAAGAUGAAACUUUAUGAAUCAAAUGUGUUGAUGGUGAUUUCCAGUGACAAUGCAUUUGUGUGCUUUUCUUCUGCUGAGCUUGGCUUUGGCUCUUGGUUACGCAUUACCUUUGGAGCCAUAUGCCAUUGGGGAGAAAUGGAAGAGCAUUCCAGAUAUAAACAAAGGUUUAUCAGGUUUAAAUCUCACAGAAGGAGACAUCAUGAAGUCUAGGGAAGAGAAAGAGAUUCAGUACUGGGAUAUUCCCGUCCCCUACGAGCUGAGUCAAAAUCUCAGUCUGAACCGUAGAGGAGUCAUUUUGAGAGCCUUCGAGCAGUUCAGACUGAAAUCAUGUAUUGACUUUAAGCCCAGAGAAGCAGAAGAGUUUUACAUCUCUGUGGAGAGUCGUGAAGGGUGUUGGUCGUUUAUUGGACGCUCAUCGUCUCCUGGAGCACAGACUCUUUCCAUCGGAGAAGACUGUGGAAGAAAAGGCAUUGUUGAGCACCAGUUUCUCCAUGCACUGGGAUUCUCCCAUGAGCACACGAGAGAUGACAGAGAUGAUUAUGUGACAAUCAACUAUCAAAACAUCACCAAAGGGUUUGAGGGUUAUUUCAAUAAAUCCAGUGAGAUCGUGUCCAUCACCCCGUAUGAUUAUUACUCUGUCAUGCAUUUUGAUAAAAACGCCUUCAGCAACGGUAGUGGACCCACGAUCACCACCAAACAAUCUGAGUUUCAGGAAGUGAUCGGACAACUGAUGGAAAUGAGUGAAUCUGAUGUGAUUGAGCUCAACAAACUCUAUAAGUGCAAUUCCUCCGUCUCUUUCCUCGACCACUGUAGUUUUGAUGAUGAAUCUCUGUGUCAGAUGAGAGUCUGUUCUGCUGCUGAUGAAGGCUGGAAGAGACUGAAAUCAGUGAGUGGCGUCAAUGUGACUGACCACACCUACUUGAGCAGAAAGCAGAACGGGUCGUCUUCUUUCAUGCACUUCAGCACUGGGGGCAGAAACCAGGGGGACGCAGCCCGACUGGAGAGCAGGACACUGACCCCGACAAGAGACUGCAAAGUCCAGUGCCUACAGUUCUACUACUAUCACAGCGGAAACGAGUCUGACCAGCUCAACAUCUGGAUCCGAGAGUUCCAGAACGAGUCUGACAGCAGAGGAUCUCUCAGACUGAUGGAUCAGAUCACAGAAACCCCUGGGAACUACUGGAAGCUGCAUCAUGUGCCACUGAACGCAAAUACUUCUUUCCAAGUUGUGUUUGAAGGCCGUAAAGGAGCUGGAAACUCCCGUGGAGGAUUCUCACUGGAUGAUAUCAAUGUUUCAGAGACCGAGUGUCCUUUUCUCACAUGGCAGAUGAGAGACUUUGAGAAGGAACUGAACAGUGGGUUUGGCUUUUGGUCGAGUCCACUGUAUUACUCCAGUGAUGGUUAUCGCUUUGUGGCUGGGUUAAUUUUAUCAGGAAAUCAACUUGCAAUGUUUGUUUCUUUGGUAUCUGGUGCAUAUGAUCAUCAGCUGCAGUGGCCUUGUCCAUGGAGACAAAUAACCGUCCAGAUCCUCGACCAGAAUCCACACAUACAGAAGCGCAUGUCCUUCGAGCAAAGCGUCACCACUGACCCUAAUGUGACUUUAGGUGGCAAGUAUUUCUGGGAUAAUCCUCGAAUCACUGGAUCUCAAACCAACAUCAACAAUGAGACUGUGUUUGUGGAUCUAUUUAGAUUUUCCACUCUUAUGCUCCUGACAAAAGAUGAUCUCACUCGAAGAGAGUUCAUCAAGGGUGGUGACAUCAUAUUUCUCCUCGACUUUCAAGAUAUCUUAGGUCUGCUUCAGAAGGACUCUCUAUCCUGCCCUAAAGUGACCGUGAAGAACUUCAACACUUCUGCUGACUCAAGUGUCCAUCAGGAACCAUGUGCUGUGAGAGCAUCUUCCACAGCUCAGCCGAUCUCAACUACAGCUACACCAGCAGGACACACUGAACGUGAGUGUGUGGACAUAGUCUGCAGUUCCAGCUCCAGGACUACUGCUUCUCUGAUCAUAUUGCUGCUUUGCUUUCUUCUGCUGGAGAUUUAAUCAUGACAAAUCACUAUUAUCACUGCUCUACGUCUGACUACACAAGAUUUCAAUGGAUCUUCAGCCAUUAAGUGUGUGUUGAUAAUUAAUGGAGAUGAUUACAUAUAAUCUACAAUCGAUGUUAAUCUCAUCUUUAAUCAUAAUAGUUACCAAUAUAUAAUCAUUUAUAAACAUAAAAUAUGAUUCACACAUUCUCUGUAGAGGUUAAGAUAAAUAUUUACAAUAUUUGUGUAUUUUCUAUGUAAUAAAUCACUGCAUGAAUACUUUUAGUGUGGUAAAUCACAAAACAGUUCUGCAAGUAAUCAGUUUAAUAAAUAUAAAUAAAAUGUUCAAGUAUGUGUGAAAGUGAAUCUAAGGGAAUAUGCAUAUAAAUUUUACAAAGAUAAAAUCAUCGGCUAGCUCUGAAAGUAUGACCGUAAAAUAAUGACAAAUGUCUUUGAAACAGAAAAGUUUGUUGAAUAGCACUAAUUAAAAAAAUGCAUUGCAUUAACAUCUUAAAGUAAGAAUUGUAUUUUCAGGACUUGCAUGAAAUUCAACAUGUUUGUAUAUUUAAGCUGUUUC